AUGCCAGCCGCAACUGAGCGCGACGACCGUGGUGCUUCGGGGCUUGAUAUCGCAGAGGGAGCAGCCAUGACAGCUGCCGGAUUGGCACUAGGCGAGGGUCUGAUGCAAGACCGACCUCGCAGCCGCUCCAUCUCUCCUCCAGGCACAGAGAGAGCCCUCGAUCUGGCCCCGAAGUCACAGAGUAGACCCUCCUCACCAGAAGCGACCCGGGACGGAGAUCAAUCUACUCGCGGCCGACGAUCAUCCACAGCACGUUCGACAACUACCGAAUCUCCAACAGCAGUUCCUUUACACUUCCGUCGUCCACCAAUUUCACCCAGUUUGUCACGAGCUGUGCCAACGACCGAAUCACCAACAGUCGGCUCCCCAGGCUCGCCAACACAAUCCCGCCACCGCUCCAAGAACUCCGUUGAAUUCCGCAAUUCGCGCGAGAUUCGACCGCUAUGGCUUGUUGAACGCCAUGGUUCCAGUAAAGCUGAAGCCGAAACCGACGAGCCUCUUCCUUCCUUGCCAUCAAGCAAGACCUCUUCCCGCGCUCCAUCCGUGGAGGACCUCCGCGCACUGAAUGAUGAAGAUGCCGUUCGAAGCUGGGAACAGGUUGAUCUCAGCCACUCGAUUAUGGAGAAUCGACGCCCAACCGGUCUGACAAUCUCGACUGACCAGGCUAAUGAGGGCGAGAGAGAUUUUGAUGUCCUCGAUUCCCAACAGGCUACACCUACUGCCGAGGACUUUGUAUGA